CACUUUUCAAGCAUUAUUACUUUCUCCUCUUACUUAGUACUCUUCUUGUUUCACCAACCAAGCUUGCUCUCUUUCCUUUCUUAACAAGUUUUGCUCACGAGUCACUAGUUUUUCCAUACACUUCAUGAUCUCUACCUAUCUUUGCAUAAAACCUUCACGGGUACUUAGAGAAAGUAGAAGAAUCAAGAGAAAUGGAUCACAAGCGUAGGAGACAGACGUUGCUUCUCAUAUUUCUGACAAUAUCCUCAGUGGCAACCAGCACAAGUCCAUGGAUACCGAUGGACGGAAACUAUGGUGCUAGCUAUUGCUUAAGCUGGAGACUUGGAGUAGAGACCAACAAUGUACGUUUGUGGCGCAUCGUUCCUCUGCAAUGUCUCCGUUACGUUGAGGUAUAUAUGCUUGCUGGUCAAUAUGACAGAGACGUCCAGUUAAUUGUGGACCAAAUCAAGGUUUAUCUCAAUGAGAUAGUCCAUCCUGGUGAUGGCAUGGACGCAUGGAUCUUGGAUGUUGAUGAUACUUGCUUGUCAAACGUUUUUUACUAUCGGCUUAAGAGAUACGGAUGCGACCCUUAUGAUCCAAGCGGAUUCAGAACAUGGUCGAUGAAAGGAGAGUGUCAAGCAAUACAACCUGUUCUUGAACUGUUUAACACACUAAUAGAAACAGGCUUCAAGGUUUUCCUAGUAACCGGAAGAGAUGAAGAGACCCUUCGUCAGGCAACAGAAGAAAAUUUGCAUAACCAAGGAUUCACUGGUUAUGAAAGGUUGAUUAUGAGGACAGCAGAUAACAAAAGACAAAGCGCCAUAACAUACAAAACAAGAAUCAGAAAGGAGAUGAUGGACGAAGGUUACAGGAUAUGGGGCAAUGUGGGAGAUCAGUGGAGUGACUUACAAGGAGAAUAUUCAGGGGAUCGUACCUUCAAGAUUCCCAAUCCUAUGUACUUUGUUCCCUAAGACUUUCUACUUUUACCACUUUUUCUACCAAUCAAAAUACAUGUACAACUGUCAACAUACACAAGGGUAUGUCUCAACUCAAGUUCUAGUGAUCUGACCAACUCAAGUUGUAGAAAAGAGAGAGCAAAAUUUU